AUGGACGAUAUCAAAGCAAAAAACGCUUCCGCCGACCAUAUCGAAUCCAUUGAGGCCGGCGAGACCAAGAAAGGCACCUCCGAUCUCAACGAGCUCAAUGACAUCCCGGUUGGCUGGUUUGUCUGGGUCGUGGCCAUCACGGCCUCAAUUGCUGGUCUGUUGUUUGGCUAUGAUACCGGUGUCAUUUCGGCCGUGUUGGUCUAUAUCGGGACCGACUUGGACGGCAAGAUAUUGAACGAGAGCGAGAAGGAGAUGAUUACUUCGUUAUGCUCUGCUGGGGCAUUUUUUGGUGCUAUUUGUGCCGGUCUUGCAGCAGACAAGUCCGGCCGGAAACUUGCCAUUUAUAUCGGAUCUGCUCUGUUCACCAUUGGCGCCGUUCUUCAAGCCGCUUCCUAUUCCAUCGCGCAGAUGACCGUCGGCCGUUUCGUCGUUGGACUUGGUGUCGGGUCUGCUGCCAUGGUCGUCCCUUUGUACGUGGCUGAACUGGCACCGGCCAAGGCUAGAGGACAGCUGAUCGGUCUGAACAACAUCUCUAUCACGCUCGGUCAGGUCAUCGCCUAUGCCCUGGGUGCAGCAUUUGCAUCAGUGCCGGCCGGUUGGCGAUACAUGGUUGGAUUGGGUGGCGUGCCGUCCAUUCUGUUGCUAAUAGUCCUACCAUGGCUUCCUGAAUCGCCUCGUCAUUUGGUCUAUCGCGAAAAACACGGCGAAGCGCGCAAUGUCUUGCACAAGAUCUACGGCAAAGCGACAGAAGAACAAAUCGACUUGGUGCACGCAUCAAUUGUGGAUGCCUGUGACGAAGCCCGCCGGAACAACGAGAACGAGAGUCGUUGGAGCAAGAUUAAGCAGUUGCACGGGGACCCGGCUAAUUUGCGAGCCCUCUUCAGCGCCUGCGGCCUUAUGGUUAUUUCGCAGAUCUCCGGGUUCAACACUCUGAUGUACUACUCGUCCACUCUGUUCGACAUGGUCGGAUUCAGCGACCCGGCUGCUGUCGGAUUGGUCGUCGCCGGCCCGAACCUGGUCAUGACGGGUGUCAACAUGAUCCUUGUCGACCGCAUGGGCCGGCGCAGGUUGCUGCUUUGCACCGCCUGGGGUAUGUGCGCCAGCUUGAUCGCGGUCGCAGUGUCAUUCCACUUCAUCCCGGUCAACCAGCAGACGCUCGAAGUACCGGACUAUGCGCACAUGUCGCCCCCAACCAUCGCGGUCCUCAUAUUUGUGCUGCUCUUCGUCAUCUCGUACGGUUUGUCGGUCGGCAACACGGCCUGGAUGAGCGCCGAUUUCUUCCCGCUGGAAGUGCGAUCGAUGGGAACGAUGUGGAUGACCUGCUCCAACUGGGUAUCCAACGUGAUCGUGUCCAGCUCGUUCCUGUCCAUGAUGAAGACCAUGACCCCGGCUGGUACGUUCGGAUUCUACGCGGGGAUCUGCGGUGUCGGCUGGUUCUGGAUUCUAUUCUUCUAUCCAGAAGUGUCCGGAUUGCCACUGGAGGAGAUUCGUGCGGUGUUUGAGCGUGGCUAUGGCCGGGGUAUGCGUACUAGACGUUGA